AUGGAGGGUGGUUCAAAGUGGUUAGUGUAUGUUGCCGGUGCUGUUCUUGUCCUGAGGUUCAUUCUCAGGAAUGUAAACUGGUUUCUGUAUGAAUACAAACUGGGUGAGAAGCAAUACUUUCUUCCCCCGGGUGACAUGGGGUGGCCCAUAAUCGGCAAUACAUUGUCCUUCCUCAGUGCUUUCAGGUCCAAGAACCCUGAGUCUUUCAUGGACUCCUUUUACUCCAGGUAUGGAAAGACUGGAAUAUACAAGGCGUUGAUGUUUGGAAAUCCAAGUGUAAUCGUGACAGCACCAGAAACAUGCAAGAGGGUGUUGACAGAUGAUGUCAACUUCAUUUCUGGAUGGCCACGUUCCACUGUAGAACUCAUGGGAGAGAAGUCUUUUAUUUCAAUACCUUUCGAAGAACAUAAACGCCUCAGGCGCUUAACAUCUGCUUCAAUCAAUGGCUAUGAAGCACUCUCUUGCUACAUAAAAUUUAUUGAAGAAGUUGUCAUAAGUUCAUUGGAGAAAUGGACCACCAUGGGGGACAUUGAGUUUUUGACUCAUCUGCGCAAGCUUACUUUCAGAGUCAUUGCACAUAUUUUUCUGGGUGAAGAAAGUCAAGAUGUUCAUGUCAUGGAGAAUUUGGAAAAAGAAUUCGCAGAGCUUAAUUAUGGAAUUAGAGCCAUGCGAAUUAACCUUCCCGGAUUCGGAUUCUUUAAAGCAAUGAAGGCAAGGAAAAAUCUACUGGCCCUAUUUCAACCUGUUGUGGAUAAACGAUUAAAUGAAAGGAGGGGAAAUUUCAUCGGCAAAAAGGAGAAAGAUAUGAUGAAUGCUCUGAUAGAUGCUGAAGAUGAAAAUGGAAGAAAAUUGGGUGCUGAUGAUAUCAUUGAUAUCUUGUUGAUGUACUUGAAUGCUGGUCAUGAAUCCUCAGGACAUAUCACCAUGUGGACAACCUAUUUCCUCAACAAGCAUCCAGAAAUUUACAAGAAGGCUAAGGCAGAACAAGAAGAAAUUGUAAGGACAAGGCCUCCAACGCAGCAAGGGUUGUCACUAGCAGAAGUUCGGAAAAUGGAAUAUCUUUCCAAGGUGAUUGAUGAAACAUUGCGGUUGAUUACAUUCUCACAAUCGGCCUUUCGGAUGGCAAAAUCUGAUAUCAAUAUCAAUGGUUACCUGAUUCCAAAAGGUUGGAGAGCAGUUGUCUGGUUCAGGGCGAUUCACCUCGAUCCCGAGAUAUAUCCUAAUCCAAAAGAGUUUAAUCCUGAGAGAUGGAAUAAGGUGCACAAGGCUGGAGAAUUUGUUCCCUUUGGAGCAGGAAGUAGACUGUGUCCUGGGAAUUAUCUUGCCAAGGUGGAAAUCUCAGUUUUCCUUCAUCAUUUUCUGCUGAACUAUGAGCUUGAACACCUUAAUCCUGAAUCCCCUCAGAGAUACCUCCCUCACCCGAGGCCCGUGGACAACUGCAUGGCAAGGAUCAAGAAAGUGAAGUAA